AUUCCAAACUAGGUAUCCUUAACAAUUUUUUCAUAUUCUCAUACUACUCUUUCCAUAAUUACAGGUCUUAAAACUCCUUGCAUGGGACCGCUUUCUAAGUAAUAUAUUACAGAGGCUGUCAUAGCAGAAGAGCAGAUUAAAUAGUCUAAGAAAAGAUGGGAAUGGCGAGCUUUGCUAUUUCGAGAGCCACUACUUUCGCCCGUUUGCCUCCUGCGCUGUGCUUCAAUUGCAGGGUCAGGGGAUUAGUUUUGAAGGCCCCCAAGUCCAAGGUUUUUGUAAAUGCCACUUACAACGAUUCUUCAUUUCAACCGCUUGACUAUGGGGCAACAAAUACAGCGCGCUCCUCUCUUGUUAAUCAGCCGGGCCAGGAUGGAAAAGUUUAUGUCAGUCAUGCAUUCUUCAAGGGUAAAGCGGGUCUUAUCUUGCAGCCCAAAGCACCUGAAUUCAGUGCAUUGGAUACGGGAGGAAUUAAGCUUUCAAAGGCAGGUGUUGUAUUUAUUGUCUUUGUUCCUGCUAUUGGUACUCGUCAAUAUGAUUGGAGUAAAAAGCAGGUAUUUGCCUUAUCAGUCGUUGAACUUGGAACACUGCUAAGUUUAGAUUCAAAUGAAUCAUGCGAAUUCUUCCAUGACCCUUCUAUGGGGACAAGUGAAGAGGGGAAGGUAAGGAAAAUUUUGAAGGUCAGUCCACUGCAAGAUAGGGGAGGAUACAGCUUCAUCCUAAGUGUUUCAAACAGAAAUUUGAAUGUUGAUGAUAAUCUCUAUGUACCUAUUACAAAAGGUGAAUUUGCGGUGAUGCGGUCAGCCUUUAAUUUUAUCUUGCCUCAUCUCAUGGGCUGGCAUGCAUUUGCGAACUCUCCAAAGCCUGACCAGUCUGCAUUUUCUGUCUGGCAGUAUCCAGAGCAAGAUCCGCCAUUUUGAUGCCCAUGUUAUGAACUGUUCAUUGGAAGCUGAUAAGUAGCUAACAAGCAAGAAUUCAAGGGCUGUUGCAAAAAGGCACCUAUCUACGGAACUUAUGUUCUUUGAAUUCUUUAUGCUUCUAUCACAUGGACACAAGAAUGGGUUCGAAGAUUAGUAUCACCUAAAGUACAGCAAAGGUUGAUGUUAGCCUGACCAACUUCAGUGAAACAAGCUAAGAUUUUUUCCUGCUUAUGGGGAAAUUUAUGCUCAGAUUCUGUACUCCAGGCAUUGACAUCGUCCUCCACAAUUUUGUAGAUUUCUGUGUUGGAUGAAUAAUGAUUUAAGAGUUUAAAAAUAGGCGACGGAGCUCUCUUUUGAUAAAACAUAUCCCCAUCACCAAUCAUAAUGUGCAAUAUAUUUAGCGGAAACAGUGUUAUUGAAAAUCAAUUGUUAUUUUUGAUGGAAGAAAUCACUAGCCUCCAUGUUUUAGGUAAAUAUUGAUUAUAGCUACAGAUGCAAAAAUGUUAAAAUUGCUCAAACAAUAAAACCGAGAUAAAUUAAAAACUGUAGACUAUUAAAACCUACCCUGUAACGACACAACCAUUAUUUUGGUGUUAGAUUAAAAUUUAUCCUGCAGCCUCCUAAUGCAUUUCAGACUAA